ACUAAGGGGAGGGGAGGGGUGUUCCGGCAGGGCGGGGUGGGAAGGCGUGCUUGGGCAGGAUUGUGACAUAAGAGUGCCCUGGUGACAUGGAGCAGAUUUGGACCCAAGCCUAAUAAAGGUGGCAUAAAUAAAGGUGUCAUAAAGACAGGGCGGGGCUCACACUUGUAAGGGGCACGAGCAUCUCCGGGCUGCCAGAAUGGCUCCCACUCAGUGUGUAGCACUAGUGUGUGUCAUGUCCCGGCUGCGUGUCUGGGGCCCAUGGCCCCUCCUUAUGUGGCAACUAUUGUGGCCACUAGUCAAGGAGGCUCAGCCUCUGGAGUGGGUCAAGGACCCGCUCCAGCUGACCUCUAACCCCCUGGGGCCUCCUGAGCCCUCGUCUUCCCACUCCUCCCAUCUCCCAUGGGAAUCUCCCCAUGCGCCUACUCUCCCGGCGGAUCCCGGGGACUUUGAUUACCUGGGGCCCUCUGCUUCCUCAGAGAUGUCAGCCCCACCCCAGGAAUCGACUGAAAAUUUGGUUCCAUUCUUGGACAUAGGUUCAGCUGGAGAGCUGCCCCUGGGGCCAGAGCAGUUCUCGGCUGCACAGCAGGAUUUAAACAACAAGCUGACUCCGCAAGAAAGGCUCCCAGAGAUUUCAAAACUAACCAAAUUUAUUGUUUUGCCCAAGAACCUGAAGAAAGAUCUAGCUCAGCGUUGGAGCCUUGCUGAGAUUGUUGGGAUUACACGUCAAUUAUCCAUACCUCGGAGUCAGAAACAGACUUUGCGGGAUGAAUAUUUGAAUAUGGAUACACCGUAUCCCGGCAGCCUGCCCCCAGAACUCCGGGUGAAGUCAGAUGAGCCUCCAGGGCCCUCUGAGCAAGUUGGACCUUCUCAAUUCCAUCUGGAGCCCGAAACUCAAAAUCCAGAGACCCUUGAAGACAUCCAGUCCUCUUCAGUCCAGCAAGAAGCCCCAGCACAGCUUCCACAGCUCCCUGAGGAGGAAGAACCUUCUUCAACCCAGCAGGAGGCCCCAGCUCUGCCUCCAGAGUCCUUUAUGGAGAGUCUAACUCUACCGAAUCAUGAGGUGACAGUUCAACCUCCAGGUGAGGAUCAAGCUCAUUAUAACUUGCCCAACAUUACGGGUCAACCUGCAGAUGUGGAGGUUACCAUAACUUUAGAGCCUACCAAUGACACAGAAUCUUCCCAAGCCCAGCAAGAGGCCCCAAUUCAGUUUCCAGAGGAGGUGGAACCUUCUGCAACCCAACAGGAGGCGCCAAUUGAGCCUCCAGUUCCUGCUAUGGAGCGUGAACUUUCCAUCAGUGAGCAGGAGCAGCCAGCUCAGCCUUCUGAGUCUUCUGGGGAGGUCGAAUCUUCUCCGACCCAGCAGGAGACCCCAGGUCAGCCUCCAGAACAUCAUGAAGUCACAGUUUCACCUCCAGGUUACCAUCAAACUCGGCAUUCAGAUUCGCCCAAUGUCUCUGUGAAGCCUCCAGACGUGCAGCUCACCAUAGCGGCAGAGCCUAGUGCAGAGGUGGGAACUCCUCUAGUCCACCAGGAGGCUACAGCUCAGCUCUCAGGGUCAGGUAAUGAUGUAGAACCUCCCGCCAUCCAGCACAGGGGCCCACCUCUGCCUCCAGAGUCAUCGGAAGAGGCUGGAUCUUUCACAAUUCAACCUAUUAAUAAUGAGAACCUCUCUCCAACCCAGCAGGAGGCUGCAGGUGAGCAUCCACAGACCGCUGAGGAGGGUGAGUCUUUCCUAACCCUUCAGGAGGCCCCAGCUCAGACUCCAGAGUUCCCUAAUCUAAUUGUAGCUCAACCUCCAGAGCAUUCACACCUGACUCAAGCUGCAGUUCAACCUUUAGAUCUGGGGUUUACCAUCACCCCAGAAUCCACGACAGAGGUUGAACUUUCUCCAACCAUGAAGGAGACCCCAACUCAGCCUCCUAAGAAAGUUGUAUUCCAACUUCGAGUGUAUCAAGAGGUAACAAAUCCAACACCAGGUCAGGAUCAAGCUCAGCAUCCAGUGUCACCCAGCGUUACAGUUCAACCUUUGGACCUGGGACUUACCAUCCCUCCAGAAUCCACUACAGAGGUUGAACCUUCUACGGCCCUGACAACUACAGCUCCUCCUCCAGAACACCCUGAGGUGAUACCUCCACCUUCAGACAAGGGUCAGGCUCAGCAGUCACACCUGACUCAAGCCACAGUUCAACCUCUGGACCUGGAGCUUACCAUAACUACAAAACCUACUACAGAAGUUAAACCAUCUCCAACCAUGGAGGAGACCUCAACUCAGCCUCCAGACCCAGGGCUUGCCAUAACUCCAGAGCCCACUACAGAGAUUGGACAUUCUACAGCCCUGGAGAAGACUACAGCUCCUCAUCCGGAUCAGGUUCAGACUCUGCAUCGAAAACUGACUGAAGUCACAGGUCCACCUACUGAGCUAGAACCUACUCAGGAUUCAUUGGUGCAGUCUAAAAGUUAUGCCCAAAAUAAGGCUUUAACUGCACCAGAGGAACAGAAGGCCUCCACAAGCACCAACAUAUGUGAGCUCUGUACCUGCGAAAAUAAGAUGCUGUCAUGUAUUGAUCUCAACCCAGAGCAGAGGCUCCUCCAAGUGCCUGUGCCAGAGCCCAACACCUACAAUGGCAUCUUCACCAUCUUAAAUUUCCAAGGAAACUAUAUUUCUUACAUUGAUGGAAAUGUAUGGAAAGCAUACAGUUGGACCAAGAAACUAAUUCUCAGUGAAAAUAACUUGACUGAAUUACGUAAGGAUUCAUUUGAAGGCCUGCUAUUCCUCCAGUAUUUAGAUUUAUCCUGCAAUAAAAUACAGUCUAUUGAAAGACGUACAUUUGAACCACUACCAUUUUUGCAGUUUCUAAAUCUUGGUUGCAAUAUAAUUACAGAACUCAGCUUUGGAACAUUUCAGGCCUGGCAUGGAAUGCAGUUUUUACAUAAGUUAAUUCUGAAUCGCAAUCCUCUGACAACUGUUGAAGAUCCGUAUCUCUUUCAAUUGCCGGCAUUAAAAUAUCUAGACAUGGGAACAACGCUAGUCCCACUUACAACACUUAAGAACAUUCUCAUGAUGACUGUUGAACUGGAAAAACUGAUCUUACCUAGCCAUAUGGCCUGCUGCCUCUGCCAAUUUAAAAACAGCAUUGAGGCUGUCUGCAAAACAGUCAAGCUGCAUUGCAACAGUGCAUGUCUGACAAACACCAUACAUUGUCCUGAAGAAGCAUCUAUAGGGAAUCCAGAAGGAGCGUUCAUGAAGGUGUUACAAGCCCGGAAGAAUCACACAAGCACUGAGCUGACUGUUGAGCCGGAAGUGCCCUCAGACAGCAGUGGCAUCAACUUGUCAGGCUUUGGGAGUGAGCAGCGAGACACCAAUGACGAGAGUGAUGCUAUCGGUGCCCUAAGUUACAUCUUCCCUUAUUUCUCAGCGGCAAACCUAGAUGUGAAAUCAAUGUUAUUACCGUUCAUUAAACUGCCAACCACAGGAAACAGCCUGGCAAAAAUUCAAAGUGUAGGUAAAAACCUGCAGAGAUUUAACAGAGUCCUCAUGGGCCCAAGCAGCAUCCAGAAAAGGCACUUCAAAGAGGUGGGAAGGCAGAGCAUCAGGAGGGAACAGGGUGCCCAGGCAUCUGUGGAGAACGCUGCCGAAGAAAAAAGGCUCGGGAGUCCAGCCCCAAGGGAGCUGGAACAGCCUCACAUACAGCAGGGGCCUGAGAAGUUAGCGGGAAACGCCGUCUACAGCAAGCCUUCGUUCACCCAGCAGCAUAAGGCAGCAGUCUCUGUGCGGAAACACUUCUCCAAGGGCGCGCCUUCUACCUCCAGCCCUGCAAAAGCCCUGCCUCAGGUGAGAGACAGAUCGAAAGACUUCACCCACGCUAUUUCCAUUUUAGAAAGUGCAAAGGCUAGAGUUACAGAUAUGGAGGCUUCUAUACCAAUGAUAUAUUCCAGAAAAAAAUACCACCUUCCCAAAACUCGCUCCCACGUGGCCCACAGAACACCCAAGUUCAAAAAGAGUCCAAAGUUCAGAAAGAAAAGUUAUCUCCAUAGACUGAUGCUCGCAAACCGGCCUCUGUUCUCUGCAGCAAACAGCCUCAUAAAUUCCCCUUCACAAGGGGUUUUUUCAUCCUUAGGAGACCUGAGUCCUCAGGAAAACCCUUUUCUGGAAGUAUCUGCUCCUUCUGUACGUUUUAUAAAAAACACAAAUGUAAAAGACACAACUGCAAGAAAUGCCUUUGAAGAAAACGUUUUUAUGGAAAACACUAACAUGCCAGAAGGCACCAUCUCUGAAAACACAAACUACAAUCACCCUCCUGAGGCAGACUCCGCUGGGACUGCAUUCGACUUACGGCCAACUGUUACACAAACUGAGACAAAAGGGGAACACAACAACGCGGGCACUGACCUGUCCCCCGAGCCCAAAAGCUUCAAUGACCCAUUGCUCUCGUCCCCAGGUGAUCAGUUUGAAAUUCAGCUAACCCAGCAGCUACAGUCCCUUAUCCCCGACAACAAUGUGAGAAGGCUCCUUUCUCAUGUUAUCCGGACCUUGAAGAUGGACUGCUCUGGGGCCGAUGUGCAAGUGACCUGUGCCAGGCUCAUCUCCAGGACAGGCCACCUGCUGAAUCUUCUCAGCAAGCAGCAGGAAGUAAAGGCAUCCAAGGUAGAAUGGGAUACAGACCAAUGGAAGACCGAUACCUAUAUUGAGAGCACGGAAGCCCAGAGUGAACACAAAGAACAGAAGUCGCUUGAGCUCACAAAGGAAGUUCCAGGAUAUGGCUAUAAGAAGAAACUCGCCUUCGCAUUAAUUGUGACUAUCAUAGUAACGAAUUUGAUUAUACUUCUCUGCCUCAUUGUGAUUUGUUGUCACCAAAGGUCACCACAAGAAGAUGAAGAAGGAUUCUCAAGGGGCAUUUUCAGAUUUCUGCCACGGAGGAGAUGCUCUUCGCAAAGGGAGAGUCAGGAUGGACUUUUCUCAUUCAGUCAGCCGCUCUGGCUUAAAGAUAUGUACAAACCUUUCAGUGCCACAAGAGUAAAUAAUUGCACAUGGAAGCUGUGCAAGUCAUCGAAUGAGGACGAGCUCCUCAACAAGGACCCUGGGUAAAUGACGGGGCCCUCACAGUUCCCAUCUAAAAUGAGGGCGGGGGUGAGAAGCUUAAUUGCUCCUUUCAAGAAUCAAAACCUUGGCAUUGUUAUUCUUAUCCCAGGGACAGCGAAACCGCAGCAGAGAAGGGGGAGGAGAGUGAAGCCCUGUCACAGGAAAACACAGACUGACCCCAGCCCACCUCAGGCCUCCUGCAAAAAUACGUAGCAUAAACAACAAGGGCCAUCAGAAGGAAAAGCAGGACUGAAGCCGGCGGCCCAUGCAUCCAGAGGCAGGGGGCAGAGGAAGCACAGGGCCAUCGUUCCAUCCCUUGUUUCCCAGUAUAAUUAGUCACCCAGACCUGAAAACAUAUCCUCAGGGGGUGGAGAUUUUGCAAUUAAAUACCAUUGUUUUUGGUGCCCUGUCCCUUGGUUCAUCAAGCACCAGUCAUAUAAUCCCACAUACUUGAACUCCUGCCCACAGGGGACCUCCCAUCUCCUGGCCCCUAUCAUAGGAUCACUGGGCCUACCUGCACUGUGGGGCCAAGCCCUGCCUUUUUCCCAAGCCCUCAAGCACAUGCAUGAAUGUUCAUCCAGACUUGGUAGGGGGCUUUUUACCCUUACAAGAUGGCAAAAGGUUCACAUUGCUUUUUUUUUAAUUUGUUUUUCUUUUUAAAAAUCCCAACCCUUGGAUAGCAGGGAGGUGCUGGAGGGGUAGGGUCCAGAAGAGCGUGUGAGAACAGUAAUUUCCCAAGACUGCCCUCUGCGGGACUGUAUUUCAGAAAACAUACUGGUGGGGCUACCUCUCCAUUCACAUGUACUGCCCUAGCCUUUCCCCAUCCCCAGCUGAUGCACAUCCGUAACUGUACUGUUCCAUAACAGCAGCAGAAUGUUGCAGAAGGCGCCAGGAUUCCUCCACUCCAUCUUCAAAGAAAAAGUCACUAAUAAAUCACAUUUGGUUAGUGAGCAAAAGAAAAUCGGAAUGAACAAGAAUUGGUAGUCUACCUAAUUGAACACAAAUGAACUCUGGCAGUUCGGUAAUAGGAGGUAAAGAACGGCGCUAACUGCAGAACAGCAGCCCCCCUACCUUCCCAGGAGCAGUGUGACUGGGAAGCAGCCCCGUGUGUGUGCUGGUGCAGGUUCUAAGCAAAGUGAGCUGCCCAUCAGUUCCGAUGAGUUUGCUAAUGCUGGACAUAAGACACCUGUUCUCUUGCUGCCUGCCCCAGUUAUCUCCCAAAGUUCUUUACUGAGAAUGAAAAGCAUCUUUCUCUGUGUGGUGACUUCAGUGGGCCAACAAAUAUUUGAGUUUAAAGCACAAGACUAAAUAAUCAUAGGCAGAGCAGCAUCUACCAUUUACAAUUUGCUUACUUGAUGCUAAACCCUGGGUUAGGCAUUUUACAGUCAUAUCAUUUAGCCCAGAAAUUCAUGGAAGCAUAGUUGUUAAAAUCAUCUGACACUUUGGGAAGCCGAGGCGGGCGGAUCACGAGGUCAGGAGAUCGAGACCAUCCUGGCUAACACGGUGAAACCCCGUCUCUACUAAAAAUACAAAAAAAUUAGCCGGGCGUGGUGGCAGGAGCCUGUAGUCCCAGCUACUCAGGAAGCUGAGGCAGGAGGAUGGUGUGAACAUGGGAGGUGGAGCUUGCAGUGAGCCAAGAUUACGCCACUGCACUCCAGCCUGGGCAAGAGAAUGAGACUCCGUCUCGAAAAAAAAAAAAAACAUCAUCUGACAGAUAAGGAUACAGGGCUCGAAGAACGUAGGUGACCUGCCCAAAGUGUCCAAAGCCACACAUCCAAAACGACAAAUUAGGGUUUUAAGCCAGCACUGUUAGACUUCAAAGCCUCUUAACCAUUCCACUGCCCUGCUGUAGGGCAUAGGGAGAUGGGGGGAUAAGCCAGGGUUGCCAUCAAAGAGUUAAUAUAACAAUAACAUGCGGAUGGUGAGGAUGAUUGCAGCUGCUGUUAUUGGCACCAGCUGUGGUACAGGUACAGUGCUAAGCACUUUAAUUACACUGUUAAGUCACCAGGACAGAAGCUCCCCACACCAGCUCUAACAGGGGUGAGUGUUGGACAUAAGCAGGGAGCUGACAAGAAGCCAAGACAAGGCCGGGUGCAGUGGCUCAUGCUUGUAAUCCCAGCACUUUGGGAGGCUGAGGUAGGUGGACCAC